CUCGUCUACCACUUCUUCAACUAUAACAUCAACCACUUCGACCACCACAAAAUCAACAAUGUCUACCAACGCUGCAUCAACUCUCUCUCGACCACCACCACUUCAACUACCUCUACCACCACCACAUCAACUACAUCUAUUACAACAUCGACUGUCUCUGCAACCUCCACAUCAGCUACCUUUCCCACCACCACAUCUUCCUCUACUACCACAACAUCAACUUCCUCUACCACCACAAUAUCAGCUACGUCUGCCACUACAACAUCAAGUACUUCUCCCACCACAACAAUUACCUCUACAACUUCAUCUACCACUUCAACCAUAACAUCAGCUACCUCGACCACUACAAAAUUAAGUACCCCUACAACAACAAAAUCAACUACGUCUACCACAACUCCAACUAACACGGCCACCACAAUAUCUACUUAUUCGGCAACCUCACCAUCAACAACCACAACCACAAAAAAAUCUACAUCAGUUUCACCGACCACCAGAAAAUCUACAUCUACUUCGACCACCAAAAAGUCUACAUCGACCACCCCAUCCACCAAAAAAUCUACAUCAACUACCAGGACCACCAAAAAAUCUAUAUCAUCUACCCUGACCACCAACAAAUCUACAUCAUCUAAAUCGACCACCAAAAAAUCUACAUCGUCUACCUCGACCACCACAAAAUCUACAUCAACUACCAGGACCACCAAAAAAUCUACAUCUGUUCCAACCACUAAAAAAUCUACAUCUACUCAGAUCGCCAAAAAAUCUACAUCAUCUACUCGGACCACCAAAAAAUCUACAUCGUCUUCCCCGACCACCAAAAAACCAACAUCAUCUACCUCAACCAUAAAAUCUACAUCAACCACCCCAACCACCAAGAAAUCUACAUCUGCCCCUGCCACCAAAAAAUCUACAUCAUCUAUCCCGACCACCAAGAAAUCUACAUCAUCUACCCCAACCACCAAAAAAUCUUCCUCUACCUCGACCACCACAAAAUCUACAACUACACCGACCACCAAAAAAUCUACAUCUUCUACCAAGACCACCAAAAAAUCUACGUCAUCUACCUUGUCCACGACAAAAUCUACAUCAACUACCUCGACCACCACAAAAUCUACGUCAACUCUUCCUCCACACUAUCAACUACAUCUUCCUCCACAGCACCCAACUUCAUCUACCACCACAACAUCAACUGCUUUUACCACAACAUCAACUACCUACAUCACCACAAUAUCAGUUUCCUCUUCCACCACAAUUUCAAGUUCCUCGUCGACUGUAACAUCAAGUACCUUUUCCACUGAAACAUCAUAUACCUCUACCACUGCAAUAUCAAGUUCCUCAACGAUUGUAACAUCUAGUGCCUCAACGAGUGUAACAUCAAGAACGUCUCCCUCGUCAUCAACUACCACUAGCGCCACAGUAUCAACUACCUCUCUCACUAUCACAUCAAGUACUUCUCCUGCCACAACAUCAAUUACCUUUACAACCUCAACAUCUACGACUUCUUCCACCAUAACAUCAGCUACCUCUUCCACCAUAACAUCAUCCACCUUGACCACCACAAAAUCAACUAUCACUUCCAACAUUACAACUACAUCUCUCACUACAUCAUCUAAGUCUUCCUCUACUUCAACUAUCUCUUCCACCACAUUAUCAACCAUCACAUCAACUUCCUUUAGAACUACAUCAGCUUCGUCUACUACCAUAACAUCAACAAUCUCUACAACAACUUCAUCAACUACCUUUCUCACCACUUCAUCAACUACGUCUUCCAUUACAUCGUCAAGCACCUCGAUCACCAUAUCGACUAUAUCUACUGCAUCAUCAACUACCUUUUCGAGUGAAACAUCAAUUACCUCUUCAACUACAACAUCAACUUCUUCUACUACCAUAUCAACUACCUCUUCCUUCGUAUCAACUGCUUCUCGCCCCAAAUCAACUACCUCGACAGCCACAAAAUCAACUAUCUUUUCAACCGCAAAAUCGACUAUGUCUACCACCAAAACAUCAACUAUGUCGACGACAUCAACACUAAUUUCAACCAUGUCACCCACCACUACAUCAACUUCUCCUCCUAUCAGCACAUCUAUUGCCACUAUCUCAUCAACCACCACACUAUCAACUACGUCUCUCACCACACCAUCAAUUUCUUCUUCCACCACAAUAUCAACUACUUUUACCACAACUGCAUCAACUCUGUCUACCACCUCUACUUCAAUUUCGUCUUCUGCUACAACAUCAAGUACCUCUACCACCACAUCAGCUACCUUUAUUACCACAAUGUCAACUACCUCUUCCAUUAAAACAUCGACUACCUCUUCAACUUUAACAUCAACUCCCUCUACCAUCAUAACAUCAAGUACCUCUUACACCACAAUAUUAAAUUCCUCUAUCCCAACCACAUCAACAUCAACUACAUCUAUUAAAAUAUCGACUGUCUCUACCACCUCCAUAUCAACCACAUCAUCUUCCUCUACUACAAUAUCAUCUACCUCUACCACCACAAUAUCAAGUACCUCUUCGACGAUAACAUCGAGAAGCUCUUCAACACCAUCAUCAACUCCCUCUACCAUCUCAUUUUCAACCACCUCUACCCCCACCACAUCAACUACAUCUAUUAAAACAUCGACUGUCUCUACCACCUUCAUAUCAACUACAUCUCACACCACCACAUCAUCUUCCUCUACCACCACAAUAUCAAGUACCUCUUCGACGAUAACAAGAAGUACCUCUUACUCUACAUCAUCUCCCUCCACCACCUCAUUAUCAACUACCUCCGCCACCACCACAUCAACUACUUCUGCCACCACAACAUCAACUGUGUCUACCAUCAUAAUAUCAAGUACCUCUUCAACCACAAUAUCAACUACCUCAGCCACCGCCACAUCAACUACGCUUAUAACAACAUCAACUAUCUCUUCCACAACCACAUCAUCUUCCUCUACCACGAUAAUAACAAGAACUUCUUCCACAAUAACAUCAAGUAACUAUUCCACUACAAGAACUACUUCUACCACAACAAUAUCAUCUACAUUUGCCAGUACCACAUCUAAUACUUCUGCCACAACAUCAAUUACCUCUUCAAUCUCGUUUACCACUUCUUCAACUAUAACAUCAACCACUUCAACCACCACAAAAUCAACAAUGUCUACAACCGCUGCAUCAACUCUUUCGACCACCACCACAUCAACUACCUCUACCACCACCACAUCAACUACAUGUAGUACAACAUCGACUGUCUCUGCAACCUCCACAUCAGCUACCUCUCCCACCACCACAUCUUCCUCUACUACCACAACAUCAACUUCCUCUACCUCCACAAUAUCAGCUACAUCUGCCACUACAACAUCAAGUACUUCUCUCACCACAACAAUUACCUCUACAACUUCAUCUACCACUUCUUCAACCAUAACAUCAGCUACCUCGACCACCACGAAAUUAAGUACCCCUACAACAACAAAAUCAACUACGUCUAACACAACUCCAACUAACUCGGCCACCACAAUAUCAACUUCUUCGGCAACCUCACCAUCAACAACCUCAACCACUAAAAAAUCUACAUCAGUUUCACCGACCACCAGAAAAUCUACAUCAUCGUUCCCUACCACCACAAAAUCUUCAUCAUCUAACCUGUCCACCAAAAAACCUUCGUCUACCCCGACCACCAAAAAAUCUACAUCUACUUCGACCACCAAAAAGUCUACAUCCACCACCCCAUCCACCAAAAAAUCUACAUCUACCUCGACCACCAAGAAAUCUACAUCAUCUACAUCGACCACCAAAAAAUCUACAUCAACUAUCCCAACCACCAAGAAAUCUACAUCUACCCCUGCCACCAAAAAAUCUACAUCAUCUAUCCCGACCACCAAGAAAUCUGCAUCAUCUACUUCAACCACCAAAAAAUCUUCCUCUACCUCGACCACCACAAAAUCUACAACUACCCUUACCACCAAAAAAUCUACAUCUUCUACCAAGACCACCAAAAAAUCUACAUCAUUUACCUCGACCACCAUAAAAUCUACAUCAACUACCCAGACCACCAAAAAAUCUACAUCAUCUACUUUGUCCACGACAAAAUCUACAUCAACUACCUCGACCACCACAAAAUCUACGUCAACUGCCUCUACCACCAAAACACCUUCCUCUACUAUCAGCACAUCUACUGCCACUGUAACAUCUACAAAAACUUUCACCACAAUAUCAACUCUCUCUACCACCACCGCAUCAACUUCUUCCACAACGUCAACUACUUCUAUCAAAUCAACUUCUUCCACCACAUUAUCAACUACCUCUACCACCACUCCAUCAACUCCCUCUACCACCACUACUCCAACUACGUCUUCCACUAUAACAUCAAAUACAUCUACCACCACAAAAACUACCUCUACCACAACAACAUCAACUUCUCCUAUCAGCACAUCUACUGCCACUAUAACAUCAACAGCUUCCUCCACACCAUCAACUUCAUCUACCUCCACAACAUCAACUGCUUUUACCACAACAUCAACUACCUAUAUCACCACAAUAUCAUACCUCAACGAGUGUAACAUCAAGAACGUCUCCCUCAUCAUCAACUACCACUAG